AUGAAGGUUCCGUUUCCAAGCAUAGUGAUGCUUGUUUUGCUUCUUUUUUGCUUUGUAUCACUUUCUCAUGUUAGAGCUCAAUCUUCUUCAAAUAGUGAAGCAAAGGCUUUGGAUGUUGUUCUCCAACAAUAUGCUUACAAGUCAUUGGUGAAUCCAAAAACAGGUACUAUUUACAAUGCAACUCAACUUCCUUCAAGUUUAACUGGAGUUAAGGUUUCAGCAUUAAGAUUAAGGAGUGGAAGUUUAAGGAGAAAAGGUUUUCACAUGUACAAUGAAUUCGAUAUUCCAAAUGGACUAAUUGUGAAACCUUAUGUUGAAAGAUUGGUUUUUGUGUAUCAAAAUCUAGAACUCGAAAUAAAUCCUUCUGGCGACCCUAUAUCGGUCAAGUUCCAAGAUGUUAAAUCACCUCCUCGUGGAAGUGUUGCGAAAUGUGUUUGGUUUGAUUUGAAGGGUGGUUCAAAUUUCAGCAAUGUAAAAGGCGGUAACACAUGUUCUACUUCGCAACAAGGUCAUUUUUCUAUAGUGGUUAAGUCUGUUGUUCCUCUAGGACCGAAAGAUCGAGGCGAGGCUUUGUGUAUAAACAAAUACAAACAUAAGAAGAAAAUGCAAGGUAUGGAAAGAGCUGCAGAUUCAGGAGAAACUCUUCAAAUGGCUUCUGUUGGAGAUACUAAAGCACCGGCUGCAACAGUUACAAGAACACAACCAACGCUUGAACAUGAAUACGCACCUUGA